AUAACAAGUUUGUUAGUACCAGAGCUCCCCUCUCGCCAAACCGCUGCACGCGUGCCACACUAGAGCGAUCGUCCCUUUGUUCUCCAGCCUAUUGGGCGGGCCUUCAAAGCCGACCGUGUUCAGCUUCUCUUACCUAGUCCAGACACCCAACAGCAUGGCGCCUGCCGUGGUCUGCGAUGGGGACGUGUGCCGCAAGGUGGACGCUGAGGAGGCCGCAGCUGCCGCCUCCCCCGCUCCUGCUGCGGCCGAGGAGCCCAAGGUCUUCCAGAUUCUGGGCGACUCACUGCUCGGCCCCAACGGCACUCAGGUGCCUGUCUCCAGCAUCACUGGUCCUGGCAAGGUGGUUGCGCUGUACUUCUCCGCGCACUGGUGCCCGCCCUGCCGCCACUUCACGCCCCAACUGGCCUCCAUCUACGCCAACUUCAAGAAGGAUCACGCACGCAAGGCUGACUGGGAGGUGGUGUUUGUGAGCAGCGACCGCGAUGAGGAGUCAUUUAAGGAGUACUUUGGCGAGAUGCCGUGGACCGCCCUGCCCUACGGCAAGCGUGAGGCCAAAGCACAGCUGUCUAAGCUAUACAAGGUGCGCGGCAUCCCUACCCUGGUCAUCCUGGAUGGCGAGACCGGUGAGGUGAUCACCACGAGCGGGCGAGACGCCGUCAGCAGCGACGAGAAGUGCGAGGGCUUCCCCUGGCGGCCGCGCACAUUCGAGCAGAUCAUGGAGGGCGCGGUGCUGGUGGAGCCCAAGACAGGCGCUGAGGUGCCGGCGCUGGAGCGGCUGCGCGGCAAGGUGUCACUGCUGUACUUUUCCGCGUCCUGGUGCCCGCCCUGCCGCCGCUUUACGCCGCAGCUAGUGACGGCUAUGGAGAAGCUAUGCGCCGCGGGCAAGGCCGUGGAGGCCGUGUUCGUGAGCGGCGACCGCGACGAGGCCUCGAUGAACGAGUACCACAGCCACAUGACGUGGCCGGCGCUGCCGUUCUCGGACAAGAAGCGCAACGACGAGCUCAACUCGCGCUUCGAGGUGGAGGGCAUCCCCACGCUGGUGGUGCUGGACGAGCAGUUCAACGUAAUCACCACCGACGGCCGUGAGGCCGUGGCGUCCGACAUCGAGUGCACACGCUUCCCCUGGCGCCCCCAGCCUUUCGAGCAGCUGACCGGCAGCACCGCGAAUCGUAUCAACGAUGGGCCCGUGCUGGUGCUGGUGGUAGAUACGGCGGACCAGAAGGCCGCGGAGGAGGUGGCUACCAGCGCGCUGGCCGAGGUUGCGGCUGCCACCAAGGCCGCGCCCGGUGGUGACGACUGGGGUUUCCUGUGGGCCCACCGCGGCGAGGAGAUUGCCAAGCGUGUGCUCGCGUUUGCGGGGUUGGUGAAGGACUCUGAGGUGGAGCUGCCGGCGGGGCACGCGGCGGUGAUCAUUGACGUGCCCAACCACGAGGCAGUAUGGGACCUGGCGGGCAAGGGUGUGGAGGUUAGUGCCGUGGGGCUGAGCGGCGCUGUGUCGGACUUCAAGGCGGGCAAGCUGGGACCCGGCAAGAAGCUCGGUGGUGAGGGCGAUGACGACGAUGAGUGAAGACAUGUCGAAGGUGAAGCGUGAGGGCGUCAGGGCGGCGGUCGCAAGCAUGGCAGAACCCCCACCAUGACUGUCACGUUAACAUGAAUGAGGAGAGGGUGCCUGCGUUUUUCGUACGAUUUAUACAUUUAUUCUGUGAUUUUCGUCUUUUCUGACAUGCAGCGGUAAGCUCUCGUUAGGAAGCGCGUGUAUUGCGGCACUGGGAUGUGUGGUGCAAUGUGGUGGAUAGGCACUCAAGGGCAGCCAACCACCCCUUGCGAAAGGUGGAGUGUGAACAACGUACUCUCGUUAGCCAAAUCUUGAUAUCCAUGCAUCGCCUGGCAUUGUAAUGAACCUGCGCGGUCGGUGACCGUGUCCGGCUCGUUCGUGCUGUCCUGGUGGGGGGAAACCAUUGCAGCCCUGGGGUGCAGCGCUGGGAAGGCUGGGGCAUACCAGUACCUGCGGGGCUUGCGCCACCUGUGUGGGAUGUGGUGUGUCUCGCUGCUAUGUCUGCCCUGGACUUUGGUCGGCAGCGUGUGGUUAUGGCCGGGUUGGCGGCGCGAGCGAAGCUGCCGUCGGCCCGGGUGCUGAGCAUUGGACUUGCCGUCGUAGCUGACUUCUGGGGUCGUCUCCAGACGUUUGUGACUUUGGGUAUCAGGCCAAAGGGUUGGGACGCUGUGCCGUUUGCGCAUCCCUUCAUAUCUCGGGCUGUUGGUGACGGCAUGGUUUUGCGCUUGCCGUAUGACGCUGAUUCCCCGCCCCCCUCGCCGUGAGAGGUUGUGCGUGGUUGGUGGCUCUGUGUGUGGGCAGGAUGCACGUGUGGGCGACCGUUCUAGUACCUGGACGCUUGCGCCCUGGUUAGUGCGUGCGCUGUGCGUGUGUCCUGCGGCCUAGACGUUUCCCGGCACUCCUGUGCCUAGGCUUGUGGCGUUGAGGCACAGCGGUGGGGCUCUGGCGGGUUGAGGCUUGGCUAGGACUCACUGUGCGCGGAGUCACACGGACUUUGCCCGCGGGAGGGUUUGCAGCAAAGUCGGGGUUGGGCCCUGAUAGCAUGUGAUGGCUCGGCGUCUUCGGGAGCUGGGACUGUCCCCUCUGUAACAUCCGCAUCCAUACCAGUGGCUUGACCAGUGGCAGUCAAACUGAGCUAUAAGGCCACCAGACAUAGUGGCCGUGCAGGGCGUGCAGAGAGGAAUGGAUGCGCUCACGGGUGAUUGGCAGACGAAUGACGGACGGGAGGUGCAGAAUGGGGAAGGGGCACUGGCCAUAAGAGUGUAAGACACGAGCUGG